AUGAGUAUCAUGGAAUACAACGGAGGCAGUGUGGUGGCGGCAAAGGGCAAGAACUGCGUCGUCAUCGCAUCGGAUCUUCGACUCGGUCAGCAGGCGAUGACGGUCGCGUGCAACUUUGAUAAGGUGUUCCGCGUCACCGAAAAGACGUACGUCGGUUUGCCAGGCUUGGCAUCGGACGUCGCAACGCUCAAGGAGCGCUUUCGUUACCGUGUCAACAUGUACAAGAUGAAGGAGGAGCGCGACAUUGAGCCCGAGAUCUUCGCCAACCUCGUCAGCUCGACUCUCUACGAGAAAAGAUUCGGGCCGUACUUUAUCGAACCAGUGAUUGCUGGUAUCAACUCGAAGGACGAACCUUUCAUCGCGGCAACAGAUGUAAUCGGAUGCCUCAACUUUGCAAAGGACUUUGUAGUAAGCGGCACAGCAUCCGACAAACUCUUCGGUAUGGCCGAGGGUCUUUGGGAACCGGAUCUGGUAAGUGUCUUGUCAGACGGACGAAUCAUGUCUGCUGUCAGUUUGGAAGCUGACCACCCAGCCAUUCUUUUUGCUCAAUCCGUCAAAUGCAGGGACCGGAGGAGCUUUUCGAAACGGUAUCUCAGAUCCUUCUCGGCGCACUAG